UAAUAAUACAAAGCAUAUUUUCGCGCAAUAAUGAUCAAGCUCUCACUAUUUUCCUGGUUGAGCCAGUUUCAUUCUCAAAAUUCUUCAUUUUAAUUCCGUAAUUGUGUGUAAUCCGCACCCUGUAUUUUUCAUUCCAGUAUCGAAUAAUUCACUGUUAAGUUAAUGAUGACACGCGAGUACAAUCUAUAAGAUAGAUCGAUCAUUAAUCGAGCGAUAUUAAUCCGACGGUUUUAGAACUAUCAUCUUUGAGAAAAUGUCAUUGGAGUUAAACAUUCUCUUCUGUGAAAUUUGGAGUAGUUAGCAUUGGCGAGGGGUUACUUGCGCUUGAAAGAGCAUGUUUAAAAGAAUUGUUUCCUACAUAGAUAACAGACACACGGUACUGAUAUAAACGUAAUAGUCCCAGAGGCGUUUGUCUUGUCUCUCCCACUUGUCUCCCCACUCCACUCGCGCAUGAUAAGGUUCGAGUCGGUACAUGUAUGUAUUUAUAACAUCCUAUACCGCGAACGAUGAAGUCAUUCGUUUUCCGACGCGUUAGUCACGAUGCAGUUGUCACCGAUAUUCUCGUCACCUUUUGCUGUUUUAUUGACCACUUUGUUUAUCAUCGGCGUGUUGAAAGUUAUCGUCUUUUUGUACCAGCAACAUACCUACUGGAAGAAGAGAGGAGUACCUUGUAUACGAAUAAUUCCGGCUUUCCGAAUAGCUGGAAGACUGUUGCUGCGACGUUUGAGCAUUACUGACUAUAUCAGCUUCAUUUACAAUUAUGAUUGGGAUGCAAAGUACAUCGGACUGAUGGACAUGACCACUCCUGUCGUCCUUCUGCGUGACACCGAGCUUAUCAGAGAUGUCAUGGUGAAAGAUUUCGAACAUUUUCCGGACCACCGCUCCUUCGCGAAUGAGGAGAUAGAUCCCUUGUUCAGUAAGAAUAUCGCUGCCUUGCGCGGCAAUCGCUGGAAAGAAAUGAGGAACACGUUGAGCCCUUCUUUCACCGCCAGCAAAAUGAAAGUCAUGUUCGAGCUAGUGUCAAAGUGUGCCCGCGAAUUCACUGAAUAUCUGACUGAUCAUCCAGAGCUGUGUUCUUCCAUUGAUACGAAGGAUGCCUUCAGACGGUAUACCACCGACGUAAUUGCCACGUCGGCCUUCGGAAUAAGCGUGAAUUCCAUGAAGGAUCGGAACAACGAAUUUUUCACAAGAGGAGUGGAGACCACCAAGUUCGGCGGCUUUUCGAAUAUGAUGAAGUUUAUGUUAUACCGCGCUAGUCCGCGCUUAGCGAAGGCGCUUGGUUUCCAGCUAAUUUUGCCAGAUACAUCUAAGUUCUUCAAGAGAAUCGUGGCGGAGACUAUUAAAACCCGGGAAGAGCAAGGUAUCGUCCGACCGGAUAUGAUCCACUUAUUGAUGCAAGCUCGGAGCAAGGAGGGUCCUAAUGUGCCCGAGAUGACGCUGGAAGACAUCGUUGCGCAAGCCUUCAUCUUCUUCUUGGCCGGCUUUGACACAUCUGCGACGUUGAUGUGCUUUCUCGCUCAUGAACUUGCGGUCCACCGGGACAUUCAAGAUCGCUUGUUUGAGGAGGUGGAGCUGCAUUUCGCGGAAGGAAACGGCGAAAUCUCUUAUGAAGCAGUGUCGAAGAUGACCUACAUGGAUAUGGUGGUGUCUGAGGCUCUCCGGAAAUAUCCGCCGGCGAUCAUGACCGACAGGCUAUGUACGAAGAGUUAUGAACUACCUUCGACGAAGCCUGGUUGCAAGAACGUGAUCCUCGAGCCGAAUUCCAUGACGUGGAUACCUGUUUACGCGUUGCACCAUGAUCCUAAGUAUUUCCCGAACCCUUCGAAAUUUGAUCCCGAGAGAUUCAGCCACGAAAACAAGGACAACAUCGUGCCGUACACUUAUAUGCCCUUCGGCUUUGGGCCCAGGAUGUGCAUCGGUAAUCGUUUCGCCCUUAUGGAGACGAAACUCUUGGUAGCAUAUCUCCUACACCGAUUUAUCUUCAAGGUCACGGAGAAAACCGUCGAGCCCAUCGUGUUCGAUGCAAAGCAGUUGUCAUUGCAACCCGUUGGUGGGUUCUGGAUCGCAUUGGAAAAGAGGGAAAAGUAAAACGAGACAUUUUACGUAGAAUGACUUACCUAACUCAUAUUUGUCGACAGGUGGAAUAUUAUAAGUAAUGUAUCAAAGUAAAGUUUCAAAGUAGACACUUACUACUGUUAACUUGUUUCGCUUCGUAUAAAAGAGAGUAUUGCUAUUAUUGCGUUCGAUCUAUCCAAGUUUUGCUUUUGAUACGAAAGGUAACUGAACUUCUCAGGUAUUAAAAUGUUACAAUUAUUAAAUUAUUAUGCAUAUAAAAAUAUUUUUCAACGGAAACAAUUUCUAAAGUUUAAUAGGAACGAGUGACUUCGCUUUGGUAAAGUUGCUCUGUCAUUCAUGCAAUUUAGUAAUUUAGCCUAGAGUGUUUAUCUUGAGUGGUCUGAAGUUCAAUCUUGCUGCAGACUAUUUAUGGUGAGGACGUUCGGCGUCAGUGAUUGUUGCGUCACUUGUUGUGCGUCUCUAAUCUUGUUCAUGAAGUAGCAGCCUUUUGAAGGCGGCAAAAGAAUAGAUAGAGAUAUCUCGAUUAUACUCGCGCAAAAAUAAUAAUUUUAGAUUAACUAGUUUUAUAUUUCAUUUAUCAAUGAGUACUGUAUUCUUUCUCCUAGUCAUAUAGAAUAUUGGAGAUUGCACAGAACGUGCACUUGAAUUUAAUUCGUGGAUGUGAAAGUAAACAUAUCAAAUUUAAUUGUUAUUGCUUUUCUGUACAAGAUUUUCGCUCAAAUUGUGUGAAAAUAAAGGAAUACUAAACGUC